CGAUGGCAAUUGAUCGAUAAGCAUAUAAAAAAGUUAUAAUGAAAUUUCCUUGUCCUCACUGUUGCUUUUAUUUUCCUCUAAAGAAAUUUACAUUUGAUUCCGGAUUGGGGGAAAGAAUUAACCACUUAUUUUGAAUCAUAGUUUUAGGACAAAAAAGAAAAAAAAUGGACACAAGCACCAGUUCUCAUUGAAAUAUGACAUGUAACAGAUCUGCAAAGUUGUCCAAAUGCCGUGUCAUCACAUUCUCAGACAAGACUUUCACCCUUCCCUACUUUUCUUGUCCCUUUAAAACUAACUUCUCAUCAAGACAAAGAAGUGAGAACACAAAUCUGUUGGAGUUUCCAAAUAGCACUCAUCAAUGGCUUGCCUGAAAGCAGGGACCAGGCCACCAUGGCUUGGUCUUGGGGCGGCAGUUUGGAUGCAGAUAGCAUCUGGGAAUGCGUACAACUUCCCUCUCUAUUCCCAUUCCUUGAAAUCUGUUCUGGGGUUUAACCAACAUCAGCUGACGAUGCUUGGUGUUGCUAAUGAUAUUGGUGAAAACGUUGGGCUCCUUCCUGGUUUUGCUUCUAACAAGUUCCCACCUUGGAUUGUUCUCUCGAUUGGAGCUUUUGCUUGCUUCUUGGGUUAUGGUGUUCUUUGGCUUGCUGUUAGCCGAACUGUUCUGUAUAUGCCUUAUUGGCUGUUAUGGCUUGCACUUUGUGUUGCUACCAAUAGUAGUGCUUGGUUGAGCACUGCGGUGCUUGUCACAAAUAUGAGAAAUUUCCCUGUCAAUCGAGGCACAGUCGCUGGCAUUCUCAAGGGAUAUGCUGGGCUUAGUGCUGCAGUAUUUACAGAAAUUUACAGCACUGUACUUCGAAAAUCCUCUUCUAACCUUUUGAUGUUUCUUUCAUUUGGUGUCCCUGUUCUUUGCUUUGUCAUGAUGUACUUUGUUAGGGCUUGUACUCCCACUUCUGGUGAAGACCCUGCAGAGCAUGGCCAUUUUCUUUUUAUCCAAGUAGCUAGUGUGGUCCUUGGCUUGUAUGUUUUGACAACCACAAUAUUAGAUCAUAUGCUUCAAUUUAGUGCUGAAAUUUCUUAUGCCAUUCUUAUUGUAAUGGUUGUCCUUCUCAUGGCUCCUCUUGCAAUUCCUGUAAAGAUGACUAUUUGUCCCACAAGGAUCAACAAACCGGGGAUGCCUAACCAACCCAUUGCACCUUCAGAUGAAAUGCUUCAAGAAGAAGGUAAUGCAGACAAAAGAGAACCACUGUUAAAGUCAUCUGACUCAACAACAUACCUGGGAAGCUUUCGUGAAGGUGAUGAUGCAUCAGAGAUGGCCAUGCUUCUUGCUGUGGGUGAGGGGGCAGUUAAGAAGAAGAGGAGGCCUAAAAGGGGGGAGGAUUUCAAAUUUGGUGAAGCUGUAAUCAAAGCUGAUUUCUGGCUUCUUUUCUUGGUUUACUUUGCUGGUGUUGGUUCUGGUGCGACUGUUCUCAACAAUCUGGCCCAGAUAGGGAUUGCACAAGGUGUAGAGAACACGACAAUAUUGUUGUCUCUUUUCAGUUUUUGCAACUUUAUUGGCCGUCUUGGUGGGGGUGCAGUUUCAGAACAUUUUGUCAGGUCAAAAACAGUUCCCCGCACCCUUUGGAUGACGUGCGCUCAAAUUGUCAUGGGCAUUACGUACCUUCUUUUUGCAUCAGCUAUUGAUGGUACAUUAUAUGCUGCAACUGCAUUAUUGGGAAUAUGCUAUGGUGUUCAAUUCUCCAUCAUGAUCCCCACUGUCUCUGAGCUUUUUGGUUUGAAGCAUUUUGGUAUCUUUUACAAUUUCAUGUCACUAGGAAAUCCUCUUGGAGCAUUCCUCUUCUCAGGACUCCUCGCAGGAUAUAUAUAUGAUACUGAAGCUGCAAAACAAUAUGGACUCAAUCUGAUCGGUUCAAGCGUUUCAUGCAUUGGUCCAAACUAUUUUGAAGUUCGAGUUUGCCCAUCAUGA